AUGCCUUGCACCGCAAAACUUGAACUGCUGGAUGCUCUCGCCGAGGCGGGGGCAAACCCGAUCAAGAGCUGCCUGCAGGCGCAAUGGCUCAUGGAGCAGGCAGCGAUAAAAUCCGGAGCGAUGGGACCAGUGGAUAGACGACAACAGGGACCGUAUGGUACCAGCAGCCAGUCGGUGGUUGGCGAUAAAACGCCCCAGGGCGCUACUACAGCCGAAAAUAAGGGCGGUUCAGCCAUACCAGCACCACCUCACGGCGCUGGUGAUGGCCAGAGAAAUAAGAACAACACCACUCUGGUAGGCGGCGGUGUAGCAGAGGCCAGUAACAGUGGCGGAGACGGUCUUGGCGCCACAAUAGUGGCUGGAGCUGGGUCAGGGACGGCAGGGACAGCGGCGGUGACAUCAGCAGACGGCAGCCCCCCCCCAAACAGUGGCGAUAGCCUUGACCAGAUCUACCAAUCAACGCGAACGUGGUGCCGCACUCUCCGGAGGUGUCCCAACGCGAUGGAGGUGCUCAUUUCUUUCGCGAGCAAGAACCCACGACCUCAGAGCGGGAUAUUGUUCAACCAGUAUCUCAGUGAUCUCACCGGCAUCAUGUACCGCCGGCUUAGCACCACGGUGGAAGAGGAGACUGCGAACAAGAACCUGCUGCACGACCUGACGGAGUGCGAAAAGCUGGCCGAAGACGAGCGAGACGCGCUACACCAGACGCUGCACGCAACCCGAACAGAAAAAGAGCGGGAGGUGAGCGCGUUAGGGGCGACGAUAAAGAAGCGUCGGGAGGAGCUCCAGGAGGUGACGCAUACCAACGCCGUGGAGAUGGAUUCCAUCAAGACGAAGGCGGCCGACGCCGUGGCAAAAGCGAAGGAAGAUCACGAAAAAAAGGGCCGAGCGCUGACCGAGCGCAUCGAGCGUCUAGCGAAGGAGACGGGGGAGGCAGCGGAGCUGCAUCAGCAGGAGGAGACGGCAUCUCGCAAGAAGAAGGCAAAGGUGGAGGUGGAACUGACCGCGACGGUGGGAAAGUACGACCGAGAUAUGACCGCGAAGACAGCCCAGAUAGAAGAGAUAAAGGCCAAGAUGGAGGAAGAGCGCCAAGAGCUAGCUAUUUUACAGGACCACUUCGACCGAGUCGACGCCAGCGGGCGACAGCAGUGGGCGGAGGAAGAGACUCUGGCCGUGGUUAGGGGGAAGGUGGCAAGGGCGAUGGGCAUCGUGGAUGGAGCGGCCACGAAGAUUCAGGCGAUGUUUCGAGGGGGAAGGGACCGCGCGGAGUACCAGAAGGCCAAGAAGAAGGCCAAGAAAGGGGGAAAGAAGGGCAAAAAGGGAAAAAAAUAG